UAUACUUAUGAGGCUAAAAUUAAUAAUAAAUAAUAAAAUUAAUUUAAAAAUAGCUUCGUAAAUCUUAAUAUCAUAAGAGAUUAUUUGUAAUGCUAGGAUCCAAACCAAGAGUUCAUUUGUAUAUUUUGCCCUGUGCCUCUCAACAGGUUUCUACCAUGGGUGACAGGGGAGCAAGCAAUCACUCAGAAAUGACUGACUUCAUUCUUGCAGGCUUCAGGGUCCAUCCAGAGCUCCACAUUCUCCUCUUCCUGCUAUUUCUGUUUGUUUAUGCCAUGAUCCUUCUAGGGAAUGUUGGGAUGAUGGCCAUUAUUAUGACUGAUCCUCGGCUAAACACACCAAUGUAUUUUUUCCUAGGCAAUCUCUCCUUCAUUGAUCUUUUCUAUUCAUCUGUUAUUGCACCCAAGGCUAUAAUCAACUUCUGGUCUGAAAGCAAGUCUAUCUCCUUUGCAGGCUGUGUGGCCCAGCUCUUUCUCUUUGCCCUCUUCAUUGUGACUGAGGGAUUUCUCCUGGCGGCCAUGGCUUAUGACCGCUUUAUUGCCAUCUGCAACCCUCUGCUCUACUCUGUUCAAAUGUCAACACGUCUCUGUACUCAGUUAGUGGCUGGUUCCUAUUUCUGUGGCUGCAUUAGCUCAGUUAUUCAGACCAGCAUGACAUUUACUUUAUCUUUUUGUGCUUCUCGGGCUGUUGACCACUUUUACUGUGAUUCUCGCCCGCUUCAGAGACUAUCUUGUUCUGAUCUCUUUAUCCAUAGAAUGAUAUCUUUUUCCCUGUCAUGUAUUAUUAUCUUGCCUACUAUCAUAGUCAUUAUUGUAUCUUAUAUGUAUAUUGUGUCCACAGUUCUAAAGAUACACUCUAUUGAGGGACGUAAGAAGGCCUUCUCCACCUGCAGCUCUCACCUCGGAGUUGUGAGUGUGCUGUAUGGUGCUGUCUUUUUUAUGUAUCUCACUCCUGACAGAUUUCCUGAGCUGAGUAAAGUGGCAUCCUUAUGUUACUCCCUAGUCACUCCCAUGUUGAAUCCUUUGAUUUAUUCUCUGAGGAACAAAGAUGUCCAAGAGGCUCUAAAAAAACUUCUAGAGAAGAAAAAUAUUAGUCUUUGAUUAUUUCUCUUGCACUG